CCUGAGCCACACAGUUCCUCUGCAGCCCUCUGCAUGCUUGUCUACAAGGACCACUGCCACAUCCAAGUUCAUACUGCUCAGAAACAGUGAGCUUGGGGUGUUCCUUUUAUCUUGAUCGCCCUCGGACAAAGAAAUCCAGAUGACACAGAACCCUCUGAAGACAACACCUGGAAAAUGGCAGUCUUGGAAAUAACUUUGGCUGUCAUCCUGACUCUACUGGGACUUGCCAUUCUGGUUAUUUUAUUAACAAGAUGGACACGACGCAAGCAAAAUGAAAUUGAAGUCUCAAGAUACAGUUCAGAACAAAGUGCUGCUCUUCUGGACUAUGAGGACGGUAGAGAUUUUCCCUCUCAGAGAUCUAAAAGAGGAAGAGGAUUCCGACAUUCAGGAUAUUCAACAGAAAGUGAUACUUCAUAUGAUGAUCGAGAGGGACCCAAAGGAAGUUGCACACCAUCAUUCCACUCUGUUGCACUGUCUCGGUCAAGUAUUGGUAAUACAAAAGCCUUCAAAGCAACUUCAGAACCUUUAUCAGGCACUUCAGGACCCAUUACUGGAGCCGUUGGACCCACAAUGCAAUUCAUAGCACCAAUUCCUGGCGGUACAGGACCUAUCAGUAAGUCUACUGUCUGA